UGUGGCAAGAGCUGUAGUUCAGAGGAGAGCUUCAAAGCCCACAUGUUGGCCUGCCAGGGUGUGCGUCCGUUCCAGUGACAAGGCUUACUGCACCAAACGAGACUUGCAGGAGCACCAGGUCCUGCACACCGGCCCCUUGUCCUGCAAGCAGUGCUGCAAGGCCUUUGCAUGCUGGACCUCUCUCCACAUGCACAGGAACAUUCCUUUGGCCAUUGGGACUGGCCCGGCUGGUCCCAAGGGAUGCUAG